AUGGGGAAAGCAAAUCACUCAGUCACCUCAGACUUCAUUCUUGUGGGGCUUUUCAGUCACUCAGGGCCACAUCUGCUCCUCUAUUCCCUUGUGACCACCAUGUUCACCAUGGGCCUGCUGGGUAACACCAUCCUGAUCUGCCUGAUCCGCACAGACUCCCGGCUCUACACACCCAUGUACUUCCUACUUAGCCAGCUCUCCCUGUUGGACAUUGGUUUUCUCCUAGUCACCAUCCCAAAGAUGGCAGCCAACUUCAUGCAGGGAAAGGAAUCCAUCUCCUUUGGGGGCUGUGCAGCUCAGAUGUUCUUCCUGAUGCUGAUGGGAGUCUCUGAGGGUGUCCUUCUGUCCCUCAUGUCCUAUGACCGCUACAUUGCUGUUUGCCACCCACUGCAUUACCCUGUGCUUAUGAGACACCAGGUGUGCCUGCUCAUGGUGGGCACCUCCUGGAUGUCCGGAGUACUUGUUGCCACCGUCCAGACCUCCAUUACCCUGCACUUUCCUUUCUGUGCCUCCCGCACUGUGGACCACUUCUUCUGUGAGCUCCCUGCUCUGUUGAAGCUCUCCUGUGAAAACACAUCUACCUAUGAGUUGACACUGUCCAUCUCAGGGGUGCUGAUCUUGCUGUUGCCCAUGUCACUCAUUGCCACCUCCUACAGCCAUGUGUUGGCAGCCGUCCUCCGCAUGCGCUCAGCAGAGGCCAGACAAAAGGCCUUCACCACCUGCUCUUCACACAUCACUGUGGUGGGGCUCUUUUAUGGGGCGGCCGUGUUCAUGUACAUGGUACCAGGCACCUACCACAGCCCACAGCAGGACAAUGUGGUCUCUCUUUUCUACAGUCUAGUCACCCCAACACUCAACCCCCUUAUCUACAGCUUGAGGAAUAGAGAAGUACGGGUAGCUUUGGUCAAGGUCCUUGAAAGAGCUGGCUUCAGAUCUAAGAGAUGA